AUGACUUUUUCAAAAAUAUUUUUAAUCAAUAUUUGUAAAAAUUUGAUAUAUAUUGUAGAUCUUAUUCUCUAUACAAGUUUAUUUUGUGUUCUUCCUCAGUGUGCUGCCGCUUUAUUUGAUGAACAUAUAUCAGCUGAACGAGCUUUACGUGAACCUGAACUUUAUCAAUAUACACUUAAUGGAAAAUCAUAUCAAAUACACUCUUAUUGGAUAAAUUUUUUUGAUGCAGUAUGGCAAAGUACAAUUAUUUUUUUUAUCAGUUAUUAUUCUUAUCAACAUCAAUCAGAUAUCGAUGUAUUAUCAUUCGGAUUUUCGCUUACGUUUAGUAUGAUGACAACUUCUUUAUUACAUAUUCUUAUACAAACAUCACGCAUUGAUUGGUCAGUCAUUAGUUCUACAAUAUUAAGUUUUCUUGUUUUUCUUGUUUUUACACUUAUAUUUGAUGCUGUUUGUGUUGCAUGUACUGUAUUUGAAAAUCCAUAUAGAGUAUCAUUUCAAACAUUUCGACAAGGCCGAUUUUGGUUUACAAAUCUAUUUAUUCUUAUUACAGCUUUGUUACCUCGUUUUUCGGUUAAAUGUAUUUAUAAUACCAUACGAAAUCCACUGAGUGAGCUAUCAAGUGUUGCUAAUGAUGAAACGAAAAUAUCUUCAAAACAUCAAAUUAAAAAGAAAAGUGGUCCUAGUCCGAAAACAUUAAGUUUUAUAAGGAAAAUUCAAGAUGCUCGAAGGGAAACUGAAGAAAAAGCGAGAGAAGAGCAACGUUUGCAAGAAGAACUUGAACGUUUAGAAGAAGAACACCGAGAAAAAAAAAGUAUUCAACAACAAAGACAAGAAGGUCUAAAUCUAUCUAGAAAACAACGAAAUAAAUGCCGACAUACACAAAUUUGUAUUGGAGAAACUAAUAUUCAAAUACCGACACAUCCUGUUUAUCAAUCAGCAACGUCUAAUAAUGACAAAUCAAAUAGAAAGGGAAUACUCUAUGAUGAUCGACGAAAAAUAAAUAAAACAUCAUCAAAUUCUUCCAUGCAAUCCGUUGCAGUAUCAAUUGAAUCACAGACCAAUACGUUAGUUGAAAUAAUUAAAAAAAAAGAUUUUUCAUAUGUAGACAAUAAUAAUGAUCAUCAAAUUCAAGUCAAUACUCAUUUAACAACGAGUCAAGAAAGUUCCGAGUCUGAUUCAAUUGACAAUGAUAAAGACGAAAAUGAUCAAUCAUUAUCAACUAUGGAACGUGUACGUCGUCGUCUUGAACAAUAUCAUGAACUAUGUGAAAGUCAUCGUUCGGUUGAAGUCCUUCGAGCACCAGUUAUCUGUGUUUUGGGUCAUGUUGAUGCUGGAAAAACAACAAUUUUAGAUAAUCUACGUGAAACACAUGUUCAAGAUAAUGAAGCUGGUGGUAUAACCCAGCAAAUUGGUGCAACUAAUGUUCCAUUAGAAACUAUUUAUAAACGAACUAAACUGUACCGAAAAAUGAUAUCACGACAAGGUGAUUUUAUUGUUCCAGGUCUUCUGAUUAUUGACACACCUGGACAUGAAACAUUCAAAAACUUACGAUUAAGUGGCUCAUCUCUUUGCGAUUUGGCUAUUCUUGUUGUUGAUAUAAUGUAUGGAUUAGGACCACAAACAAUUGAAUCAAUUCAAUUAUUAACUAACAAACAAACACCAUUUAUUAUUGCUCUUAAUAAGAUUGAUUUAUUAUAUGACUGGAAAAGUAAUAAUACAGAAAAUAUUGAACUAACUCUUCAACAGCAAAGUCAAAUAACAAAAAAUCAUUUUGAAAAACGUUGCAAUGAUAUUAUUUGUCAAUUUGCUAAACAACAUCUCAAUGUUGCUCUGUACUAUAAAAAUCCAGAUCCAAAUGAAUUUUAUUCAAUGUUACCAACAUCAGCACGUUCCGGUGAUGGAAUGGGUUCGUUAAUUGCAUUAAUUAUUGAAAAAUGCCAAACAGCAUUAACUAAACGUUUAUCAUAUACUGAUGAAUUACAAGCAACUGUUAUGGAAGUAAAAUCAAAUGAUGGUCAUGGUACAGCAAUUGAUAUUGUUCUUGUUAAUGGAUAUUUGUCUGUCGGUGAUAAAAUAGUUAUUGCUGGUCAAGAAGGUCCUAUUGUUACUCAAAUUCGAAGACUUCUUAUACCUGAAUCAAAUCAAGAACUACGUGUUACAAAUCAGUAUCAAACUCAUGAAAAAAUAAAAGGUACACGCGGCAUUAAAAUUCUUGCUGCAGAUUUAGAAAAAUCAAUGGCUGGUUUACCAUUAUUUGUUCCUCGACAAACAGAUGAAAUUGAUUAUUUUAAAAACGAAAUUAAAAUGAUAUUAACAACAUUACGCAAUUCAAUUCAAUUAAAAGAAAAAGGUGUUUAUGUUCAAGCAUCAGCAUUAGGUUCAUUAGAAGGUUUCCUUCAACUUUUAAAAACAUAUUCUAUUCCAUAUUCUGGAAUUAAUAUUGGACCUGUACAUCGAAAAGAUGUUAUUCGAGCAUCAACUCAACUCGAAAAAGAUCCACAAUUUGCAACUAUUUUGGCAUUUGAUGUAAAAAUUGAAAAAGAUGCUCAAGAAUAUGCGAAUGCUAUUGAUGUAUAUUUUUUCUUUGUUAUUUAUGCAGGUGUAAAAAUAUUGUGGCAUGAUGAAAUAUAUCGUUUAUAUGACAUGUUCGUAUCCUAUCAAGAACAAAUUAAAAAAGAUAAUCAAGAACAACAUCGACAUCUGGCUAUAUUUCCAUGUAAAUUAAAGAUUUUACCACAUUAUGUAUUUAAUAAGCGUGAUCCAAUUAUUUGUGGUGUAUUAGUUGAAGAUGGAUGUAUUAAAUUAGGUACGCCAAUAUGUGUUCCAUCGAAAGAUUGCAUUGAUCUUGGUCGAGUUGUCAGCAUUGAAAUGAAUCAUAAAUCAUUAGAUAUGGCACGAAAAGGUUCUGAAGUAUGUAUCAAAAUUGAAUCAACAACGAGUGAAACACCAAAAAUGUAUGGUCGACAUUUUGAUAAAGACGAUAUUUUAAUGAGUAAAAUAUCUCGAGAAUCAAUUGAUGUUCUUAAAGCUUAUUUUCGUGACGAAAUGCAAAAGAAAGAUUGGGAAUUAAUAAUUGAAUUAAAAAAGAUAUUUAAUAUCAUUUAA